UCUCUUGAAGAGAAGAUUCAAAAAUAAAGGGCCUAACUAAAUUACCUGUCACAGUCUUUAACAGGAAAGUCUCCAACUCCAAGUACUCAACACAGGAACACCAACUUCCAGUCCUCGUCGCCGGUAAAAAAUUAUGGCUGGAAUCCUCAAUAUCCCUCAAUCUUUACUUUCUCGUUCAAUUCCCGGCAACCGGAAAACACCUAGAAGGCCAAUUCCAAUUAUUAGAGCCAGCUUAGAGACUCCUCUCUCUUCUUCUUCAACUAGCGCCACAACCACCAGAGAAGAGACUUCUUUUACUGCCCCGCCUAAUUUCAAGCCGCCAGAGCCCAAGCCGUUCGCAAUCAAGUCCGGCCAGUUUCUGAACAUUCUUGGUGCUGCUCCCGCCUUGUUUUUCCGGUUGGGCACUGGUGUUUUCGUUAAUGGGUAUUCUGCGUCUUUUGUUUCCAAGAAUGAGAUUCCACCUGGCCAAUAUGCUCUAGAAGUAGCUGGUUACAAGGUGAAGGAGAGCUCAAAAGUAGGCCCUCGGCCUGAGAAGCCUAUUGAGAUAUAUGAGUUUGAAAGCUGUCCAUUCUGUCGCAAGGUUAGAGAAAUUGUUUCAGUUCUGGAUAUUGAUGUUCUAUUUUAUCCUUGCCCCAAAAAUGGUCCAACUUUCCGCCCCAAAGUUGUUCAGAUGGGUGGAAAACAGCAGUUCCCUUACAUGGUGGAUCCAAAUACUGGAACUGCAAUGUAUGAAUCAGAUGACAUAAUCAAGUAUCUGGUUGAGAAAUAUGGUGAUGGAACUGUUCCUUUCAUGCUGUCACUUGGUCUUUUAACAACUUUGACUGAAGGGUUUGCUAUGAUUGGCCGUAUGGGAAAGGGGUCAUCUUAUACUCCAUCGAAACUACCACCCAAACCACUUGAAAUAUGGUCCUAUGAGGGUUCCCCAUUCUGCAAAAUUGUCCGUGAAGCACUUGUUGAAUCAGAAUUACCACAUAUUCAGCGCAGUUGUGCUCGUGGCAGCCCAAAACGACAGGCUCUAUAUGAAAAAGCUGGACACUUUCAGGUGGAGAUUAGACUUAAUUAGUUCAUUCCCUUUUGGGCUUUCUACAAAUAAGCUCUAUAAACAUGGAAGACACCUGUCUUGUCUGAUCCUCUACUGUCUUCCUCUGUUUUGGCCGCACUGUGUUUGUAUUAUAUACAGACACACACACAAUCAAAGUUGUUUUUCUUUUCUUCUCAUUCUUUAUUAACAUAUCUAUUUUUCGCAAUUUCUCUUACUGGGUUUUGAUAUCCUUAGCCUUUGAAGCAAAUUAGUCUACAGCUUUAUCUA